AUGGCAUACGAAGGCAGGGUCGGAUCACGCUUCGGCGGCGGAGGCGUCGCCUCACACUCAGUAUCAAACCAAGAUAGACGUGAGCGUCUCCGAAAACUCGCACUCGAGACCAUAGACCUUGACAAAGACCCCUACUUCUUCAAAAACCACGUCGGCUCCUUUGAGUGCCGUCUCUGUCUAACAGUCCACCAAAACGAUGGCUCCUACCUCGCCCACACCCAGGGCCGCAAGCACCAGACCAACCUCGCCCGUCGCGCCGCUCGCGAAGCCAAAGAGGGUCGAAACCUCGACCCGAUAACCGGCCUGCCACAAGGCAUGAUUGGGCAGCAGCUCAUCGCGCCAAAAAAGCACUUGAAAAUCGGUCGCCCCGGUUACAAAAUUACCAAGCUCCGGGACCCCGUUACUCGGCAGUUGGGGUUGCUCUUCCAGUUGCAGUACCCUGAGAUCGGUACCGAGAUUAAACCCCGGUAUCGGUUCAUGAGCGCUUUCGAGCAGAGGGUUGAGGUCCCUGCCGAUAAGAAUUUUCAGUAUCUGUUGGUUGCUGCGGAGCCAUAUGAGACGAUUUCGUUCAAGUUACAAGCUAGGGAGGUGGAUAGGAGUCCUGGGAAGUUCUGGACACAUUUCGAUUCGGAUAGCAAAGAGUUUUUCUUGCAGCUGUUUUUCAAGACGGAGAGGGAGGAGAGGUAUGCUGGUGUGCCGGGGUUGGCUACGAGGGUGUGAGAUGCUUGACGAAGAUGCUACGGCCUUUUCCAAAUCUUUAAUUUGAGGGGAGAUUGACGGUGUGGGGGGACGAUUUCGAUGGGAUUCAUGGUGGGAACCAACCUAGUCGUAAAUGUAAUGUACACUGCCACAACAAAGACAAAAAGACAAGAGAGAGACCUCUCCCUCCUCCAUCCAAACCUCAUCUAAAAUAUGACAAAAACAAUAAAA